GGCCAGUAAUUAGCGCUCUGUACCUUUAAGAAGUCGGCCAUUACAGGCAGUGCUUCCUGCGUCAGGCAGGCGGCCGCUUUCCCUGCCGGCAGAAUCUGCAGCGCUCCCUGGCACGUUAACUUCUUCCUCGCCACAUCCUGCGCAAUGUGAAAUGGGGGCGUUUCCCACGUGGCGGCUGCAUAGAGGGACUUGUUCAAAUUCUAUGCCCCGGGACCACCGACCCUGCCCCUGUGGUUACGCAGAACAUGGAGAAUAAGGAAAAUGGCUCCCUGGACGUUAAAACUUCCGUAGAGAACGGGCGCCCCCCCGACCCGUCCACGUGGGCCGUCGACGACGUUUUUAACUAUUUCAAGGCGGCCGGUUUCGAGGAGCAAGCGAGUGCCUUUAAGGAGCAGGAGAUCGAUGGAAAGUCUCUGUUACUCAUGACGAGAAACGACGUUUUAACCGGACUGUCUCUGAAACUGGGCCCGGCCCUGAAAAUCUACGAAUACCACGUGAAGCCGCUGCAGACCCAGCAUGUGCAGAGCAGCCCCCCGUAG